ACGUGCUGCAAGCAUGAAGUUUCAGACCAAAAUGAACCCCAUUAUUUAUUAAUAAUUCAAGAUUUGAAAAUUCUGACUCAAGCCUCACUAACGGUCACAUGAGCUUUGUUACUUCUCUAAACGUGACAACAUUUAUAAUGAACUCCUCUCCCGCUCCCUACAAAUCCCGCGCCUUUCUCGCUCUCCUCAGUCAGUUCUAACAGAUACCUUAUAACCUAUCCUUAUCGAGCUCUAGUCAAAAUCAGCCAUGGAUUCUUGCAGAAAGUCUCCCUUAAAGCCAUGGAAGAAAGGACCAAGCAGGGGGAAAGGUGGCCCUCAGAAUGCUAUGUGCGAGUAUCGAGGUGUUCGUCAGAGAACGUGGGGAAAAUGGGUUGCUGAGAUCAGAGAGCCAAAGAAGAGAACUAGGCUCUGGCUUGGUUCUUUUGCCACAGCUGAAGAAGCUGCCAUGGCUUAUGAUGAAGCUGCGAGGAGACUCUAUGGUCCAGAUGCUUACCUUAAUCUUCCCCACCUUCAACCCACCUCCAGCUCCGCCAUUAAAUCUCAAAAGUUUAAAUGGUUUCCUUCCAAGAAUUUCAUUUCAAUGUUCCCUUCUCGUGGAUUGCUCAACGUUAAUGCUCAACCUAGUGUUCAUGUAAUCCACCAAAAGCUACAACAACUCAAGCAGAAUGGAGUUCCAAGUCACACUCCCUCUAGUUCAUCCUGUGAUCCAAAGGCUGAAGUUCAGAUUAUAGGAAGCAAGCAUAAUGCAGACAAUCCUCCAAACGAGAAAGAAGCUAAAACAUCGUCAGAAAGUGUGUUUAGUGAUAUUCAGGACAAACCCCAGAUUGACCUCCAUGAGUUUCUUCAACAGAUGGGAGUGCUGAAGGAUGAAAAACAGUCGGGAAGUUCCACAAAGUCUGAAGUUUUAUCAAAUGAUUUCACUGAUAAUUUUGGUGAAUGUUCUGACAAGAGUGUCAAUUGGGAGGAAUUAAUGGAGAUGCAUGCAGUUGCAGAUAAUCAAGGAUCAGAGGCAACCCAAUUUCAAGCGUAUGACAUAAAUGAAGAGCUUGCUUUCACCACUUCGAUUUGGAACUUCUAAGAGAAUCAGCUAGUCUUUUUUCUUUUUCAAGAAAUAGAACUACUUUUUCUAGCUUCUAGAGGAGUUGAAAUAUAGUGAAAUAUCAGCAGUAAGUAUUCAGUAGUCGAGCUAAUCAAUAAAUGAGAUGUUUCUGGUUCUACUACCACUAUUCAUUCACAGACCUCCGGUAGGUUAGAAGAUGGGAAGCAUGGAGAUUGAUGUGGAUACAGUACAAGAUAGGAAUGAAUAUGGUAACAUAAGUGUUGUUGUUUGAAACUUCAUGUCUUGAUGGGCAUAUUUUGAGGGCUGAACACUAAU